UCCUCUUAUCUCUGUCAUAAAAUCGUGGAAAACACAACAUAACCUCAAAUAAUCAGGUUAUGUUAUUAAAGUUUCUGAUUUCAUAGAAAUUAAAUAAAAACCAAGCAUCUAAGAAGUAAAAUGAAGAAAAGUAAACCCAAACCUAAGUUUGAAAACACGCGGAAAGUGUUACGGAAACAAAAAAGACAGCAGAAGAAAGUUCAUCGUCAGGAACAUUAUCUGAAGAAGAAUGUUGAGAGACAGCAGCCAGUUUAUACAGCCGGCAGGUUUGUUAAACGACCUGCGGAAUCUCCAGAACCUGCCGUCGAAGUUAAGAAGAAGAAAAAACCAAAACUAGAAACACCAUUAGAUAUCUUAAACAAAGAACGACAAAAGGAGAAAAAAGUAGAACAUCAACUCAAAAACCAAAUUGAGGAACAGAGAAGAAAGAUGUUAUUACAAGCAAAUGAGGAAGAAGAUAAGAUUAUCAAGAAACUGGAGAAACAACUGGGACUCAAUAAAACUAAGAAUAAGAAUAAUUUCUUUGCAGAUGAUGGACUUGAUUAUCUACUAGAAAUAUGUGACAAAUCAACAACAGAACAGAUAGUUGCAGCUGAGAAGCAUCUUGCUGAAGUUGAAGGUGACUCCGAUUUCGAGGAAGACUUAGCUACAGUCACUGGUAAAGAUAUCAAAGAUAAAAAGAAAGCUAAAGGCAAAGAUAAAGGAAAAACAACAGCUAACAAUGAAAGUGAUGAAGAAAAUGAUUCUGAUGAUGAAUUCGGUUCAGAUAUUGAUGAUGAAAUGAUGGGUAGUGAUGAAGAUUUAGGUGAUGAAAAUAGUGAAGCUGAUAAAGAUGGUGAUUUGAGUGGUGAUGAAGACAUGACUGACGGUGAUAGUGAAAUAAGUGAAGGUGAUGAUGAUAAUGAUAGUGAAGGUCUUUCUGAUGAUGCACCUGAGGAAAAACCAACAAAAUCACAAAAAGCAAAUAAUAAACAGAAAACAAAAGAAGAAAUUAAGAAACCUAGCAAAGCAGAUACAAAGGCUACACCAAAAUCUAAUAAAAAAGAGAAAAUCAUUUCUGAAGAGGAUCUAUGCAAAGUUUUUAGUGAUGAUGAAAUCUCACACCUGUCUGGUGAUGAUGAUGAUGAUGAUUUAGAAGGUGAUGAAUUUGGUGAAGGUGAUGAACCUGUUGUGGAGAAAAAAGAGAAACCUGAUGUCUGGGAAGAUAUUUAUGGAAGAAAGAGGGAUAAAGAAGGGAACAUUAUAAAGGAAGAAAAAGGAGUAUACAUUCCACCACAUCUUAGAAACAAAGACUCAAGUUCUGACAAACAGUUACAGCAAUUAAAAAGGCAAAUCAAAAGCAUCCUUAACAAAUUAGCGGGCACAAAUCUCCACUGGGCUUGCACCUCCAUAGAGAAUCUAUACCAGAGCAACAGCAGGAACUCAGUGAACACAGCACUAACUCAGCUGUGGUUGGACGCUACCGUCUCACCGGCGAGCACUCCUGAUAGGAUGGUGGCUGAACAUGCAGCUUUGGUGUCUGUGUUACAUGCUAAUGUGGGAUCUGAAAUUGGUGCUCAUUUUCUGCAAGAACUAUCGAAGAGGUUUGAUGACUUGAUGCAGACUGCGCAGCCGGUUGGCGACAAGACACUCGACAACUUAGUAUCGUGUCUAGCUCAUUUGUAUAGUUUUAAGAUCUACCACGCAUCACUUCUCUACGACAUUCUAACCCGUCUCCUGGACACGAUAUCGGAGAAGAACAUAGAGUGUGUUCUAGUAGCGUUGCGCAGUGUGGGCGGGGUGUUGCGCAAGGAGGAACCGUUAGCGCUGAAGAACUUCAUACACGACACGCAGGCCAAGGUUAGCAAGUUAAGCGAUUCUUCUGCAGCGGGAUCACGUAUAAAGUUCUUACUGGAAGUUCUCUUGGCAGUUAAAAACAACAAUUUGACAAAGAUCCCUAACUACGAGCCGACUUACUGCGAACAUCUCAAGAAGAUGACGCGAACUAUCGUCCGGAAGGGCAACUAUAUCACGCCGCUUAAUAUCCGGCUUGAGGAUCUGUUGAAAGCCGACGAACGCGGCAAGUGGUGGGUAGUAGGUUCAGCAUGGGAAGGCAACAUGUCCCGUCCUGAAGAGAAGCCGGCCAGCACCGUGCUGCCCAGCACCGACCAGAAGCUUCUAGAACUUGCUAGGAAGCAGAGGAUGAAUACUGAUGUGCGCAGGAGCAUAUUCUGCGUUAUUAUGGCUGCUGAGGACUACAUGGACGCGUUUGAGAAACUCCAGCACUUAGGACUCAAAGGACAACAAGAGAGGGAGAUAGUACAUGUUCUACUAGCUUGCUGUUUACAAGAGAAAACUUACAACCCGUACUAUGCGGUGUUGGGGCAGAAGCUGUGCGAUACUGAUCGUAGAUACCAGCUAUCAAUCCAGUUCUCCGUGUGGGAUAAGAUAAAGGAGCUGGACAGCACACCGAAGCAGUGCGUCACCAACUUGGCGCAGUUCCUCACACAUCUCAUUAUGGAGAAGGGUUUGCCUUUGUCUGUGUUGAAGGUAAUUCAAUUCUCCGAACUGAACAAACACUCAGUGCGGUUCAUGCGACAGAUACUUCUCGCAAUCAUCAUGAACGCCGACUUCCAAUCCUCACUGGAAGUCUUCCACCGCAUUUCGAAGCCGCCCAAACUACACAUGUUCAGGGAAAGUAUAAGACUGUUCAUACAACACUUUCUGAUCAAGAACGCGGGGAAGAAGAGUGAAGUUCUCUCUGAAGAAGAAAUGGUGACUUUGAAAGAAAGGGCACAGGAGGUCGAUAAGAUAUUGACUUUACAUGAAUCGAAGCUUAAGUUUUGAAUACAAGAAUAUACAUAUUUUUAUAUUGUU